AUGCGUCCAGAGCUGCAUUCAGUGUUCUCACCUUCGAGAAACACCUCGUCAAGCAAAGCGCCUUCGAGAGGGUGCCUUCCACAGAUUCAUGUGUCCACCUUUCUGAGCUGCGACUCUGACGAGGAGAGUGACAAUGCCAAACAGGAAAAGGGCCUUCUACAAGACGAUCCGCGUCAGGAAAUGAGCUCUGCGCUCGGAACAACAUCCCCAGAUAUCGUGGCUAAAAUCAAGACCGCCUGCUCUGCAGCGGCUCGGCAUCAACCAAGCGAGAGGAACGAGGCAACGUCUUCGUAUAGAGUGGCACACGUUUACGGGAAAGCUUCCGGGGAACGGUCGCUUCAUCUCAGGACAGCCAGCCGCGAUGGCGCGAUUAUCACCAAUUCUUUUGAAUGGAAUUCAAAUGGUCCUGGCGCAACGUCUUCCGAGUGCGGAAUUCCCAGACCAGACUCGCCCACCAUAUGA